AUGUACAGCAUCACCAGGGAGACGGUUCUCACGGAGACGAGCGAGUGUGCGCAAUCUCAAGAAGUUAAGGAGCUGAGCUUAGAGGAAUUUCGACGACUGAUGACAUACGGUGAAGUGUCAGUUGAGUCCAUCGCCUCCACGGUCCUGCCAUUGUUUAAUUUGGACGCGGACGACGUGUUCUUUGAUCUUGGCUGUGGCACGGGAAAGAUCUUGGUCCAAGCAGCGCUUCAAACGCCAUGCAAACGAGCAAUAGGCAUCGAGCUGAUGCAGAAUCGCGUCCAGGAAGGACAAAGGGCGCUGAAUCGACUCAAAGAGCGUGAUAUUGCCGUUCUCGAAGAUAAAGAAAUCGAGAUCUUCCGAGGCGACAUCUUUGUCCCUCCCGAGGAAGCUCGCCUCAUGGACGCGACGGUGGUUUUCAUCAACAACGUGAUGUUCGGUCCUCAACUCAUGCUCAAGGUGUUGCAGCUUCUCAAGGAGAUGCCCAAGCUGCGGUGUGUCAUGACGCUACGUAAGAUCUGCGAACGUCACGGUCACGAAAAGUGCUCGCGUGCUGGCAACUACUGCGUCGAGUACGUCCAGCCUCCAGUUGAACAAGAGAUCGACGUGUCCUGGGCUGAUAAAACCUCCAUCUACUUCUACGAAAGCCUCGACUUCAAGCUUAAGCAGCUCACUCAAGAGUUGGCUAAAGGUGGCCACCGUCCUAUGUGGUGA